AUGACAAGUAUUGAUUAUGGAACAAUAUCAUCCAGACCAUCGACGAAAGCACUUGUUCCACUACGCCAUAUUCCGAAUCUUGAAUUAUCAUCUGAAACACCACGAUCUCAACGGCCAAUUCAACAAGAAUGGUAUGAUGAAAUAAACAAAUCUCAUUUAACUCAUAGAACGGAUAUGGGACGAAUAACAAAUAAUUCAUUUCGAGACUCAAUUGGUUCUAUUCAUCAAACAAAUACACCACGUGAACUUUUAACAUUACGUUCAUCAACACGAAAUAGUCAAAAUAGUGUAAUGAGUGGUACAUUACUUGAUUCAUCUAUUCGAACUAAUCGAGCAACAGAACUUCGUUUGUCGCGAGAUAUGGAUGAACAUCAUCAACAUUCACACGAUCCAAGUCAAUCAAUGCCAAUUGAAAUUCGAGGUUUUCGACUUGAAGGUACACAAUUAACAGUACCUGAUGAUGCAACAAUUCGUCCAUUAUCAAAUAUUAAUUAUCGAGCAAGUGAACGAGUAAAACAUCGUCGUAUAUUUCCAUGGAGUAAUUUACAUCCACAUGGAACAUCAAGUCGAAAUAGUUCACUUCUACCUAUUGCAGAAUAUCGACAUCCAUCAUUUCAAACGUCUAUAAUAGAAGUUCCACAAUUGGUACAAGAAGAAUAA